CGCGCUCCACAUUUCUCCGCUCGCCAUCUUGUCCCCACAUGCGUGUGUGCCUGUGUCGCAGGUAAACAGGCUCACGGAGAAACCGUUCCGCUGUUGCUUGGUUCCGGGGUCCAAAGAUGGCGUCCGCCGUGCUGAAGGUUGCAGUGGCAGGUCUCUCCAGAUGUUCCCGUCUCCCACUCCUGAGGGCUUAUUCAAUGACAUCACCCCUCCACCAGGGCGUUCCCUCAUCUCUGUGGAAGCUGGGGAGGCUGAACCACAUCGCGAUCGCUGUCCCUGACAUGGAGAAGGCCACGGCUCUGUAUCGGGACGUGCUCGGGGCCACGGUGAGUGCCAAGGUGCCCCUGCCCGAGCACGGCGUCUACACGGUGUUUGUGGAGCUCGGCAACACGAAGCUGGAGCUGCUCCAUCCUCUGGGGGAGAAGAGCCCGAUCGCUGGCUUCUUACAAAAGAACAAGUCUGGAGGGAUGCACCACAUUUGUAUCGAGGUGGACAACAUCAACGCUGCGAUAGCCGACCUGAAAGCUAAGAACAUCAGAACUCUGUCAGCAGAGCCCAGGAUAGGUGCUCAUGGGAAACCAGUGAUGUUUCUUCAUCCUAAAGACUGUGAUGGCGUGCUGGUGGAGCUGGAAGAAGCGUGAAAGCCUCAAUAUGACCGGGACUGUGGUCGCUGUGAAUUCACCUUCACAUAUUCCAGAGUGAAUCUGAUUAUCAACAAAUGUUGAUUUUGUAAUAUUGUUCAUUGUAGCACUUUGUAGCACAAGUUUUGAACUUCUCGUUUGAGAAAGGUGCCUCACUGUUGUUCAGAGCUGUUCUAGUUGGGAAUAAACUACAGAGUGGUGUGUUAUGACCGCUUCCAUAAAGUGUAUUUCUGAUGAAUGUUGAAUAUACAGUUUGUCCAAUUGCAUUUAAAAAGGAGUUUAACUUCACUCCAAUGUGCUACGACACACAGGAUCCUGUAUGUAGUCAUUACAUACAGGAUCCAGUACGAACUGCAGAAAGAUUUAAACAAAGUUUAAUAUCUGCAUUUCCAGCUGAUGAGUUCACAUUAAGUACUUAAUUAUUUUAACCAUAACAUGGCUGUUACUGUUUAUUUUUACACGAUUUACAACUCUACAAUAAUUUCACUAGAAUGAAACAGAUCCUACAAUGAAAAUGAUUGAAUUAGGUUAAAACAAUGACAUUUUCUUCAUAAAUUUUAAACUCGGAAAUGUUUGGAGAUUGGUUGACAGUAGCAAAAAUGAAACACUUUCAGUACAGUAUGUUCAGGAGUGCAGUAAAAACAUCAUGAAUCAUCCUCAUGUAUUACAGAGGAUGUUAACUCAAGGUCCAAAUGCAUUUUCUUGCAUAUAAAAAGAUUUAUACGUAUAUGUAGUUGUGUGUUGAUUACAGGUCUAAAGCUGUUUCAAAGUCCAUUCGGCCAAGGAGGCAUUUCAUCUGCAUUUUGAUUUGUUAGUUUGCAGGACUACACUAAAACUACUCAUGCGAUUACCCUGACAUUUUGUGGAGCGUUGGGACAUGAGCCAAGGAAGAACUGAUCCAGGGAUUCCUUUCACUUUUAGAUUGUGAGAGGCACUUUUCAACAUUUUCAUUGAUUUUUCUGAGAAUAAUUAAUGGAUGUUGAAAGAAAUGUGGCACAUUUGAUGACUGUUCUCUGUAAAUUUGGUGCAGCUUGAGUGAAGUAAAGGGAACUGUUGGACUUGGA